AUGAGCCACCGCUUGUCCCAAGCGGCACGACACACGCAGGAGCUGCUCCAAGACCUCGAGCGCGACAAGGAGCUCGAUGUGAUCCGCGUGUACCUCACGCGCCUGAAUUUGUUUCCGCGGCAGCGCGAUCCCAAGGCCGCCCCCAUUCGCAGCGAAGAGCUCCGGGACCUCGCCAAGCACUGGAAGCUCCAUCGGCAGCGCAACUUUUGGAAAAACCACACGACCAAAGAAGACCUCGUGCGCACCUUGUACAAGCACAUCAACACAAAAGUGCUGCCGAACGAGAAGACGCCGCUCCAGCCCGAACCGCCCAUGAGCCCGACGCCGCCGUUGAUGGCCCCCGUGGCGCCGGCGCCGACGCGACCGUACAGCGCGGGGGCCACCGAGAGUCCCGUGAAGCGCCGCAUCUCGCGCUUCAACACGGUGCCCGAUGCGCAUAAAGGCGUUCGCGUCGACCAGGCGCUCGACCCGUACGGCGGUGAUCUCUUUGGCCAGCGCGGCGACUACAACAGCGGCAUGAUCUACGUCUCGCGGCUCGCCAAGCCCGAGAAGCCGUCGGCUGUCGAGGCCGAGCUGCAGAAUCUGCUCGACCAGAACAAACCGGCGACGUUCGCACCCGAGAUGGAGACAUUGGACGAGGACGCCGUGCGGCGUGAGAGGCGCUUGAUGGCCGAGUGCGCGUGCAGUCUCUACCAGCUCACGCUGGAGCCGGGGCACGAGAAUAGCAUCGUGCUCGAGGGGUGCGUUCCUGCGAUUGUCCAGUUGUGCAACUACGACGACUUGGAUGUCAAGAAAUUCUGCUCGGCGACGAUUGUCAACGUCUCGGUGGACCCUAACCUCUGCCCGCGCAUGAUUGAAGAGGGCGUUUUGGGUGGCCUCAUGGAGCUCGCCAAGGUGCAACAAGAAGAUAUUCGCCGGAACGCUGCCAUCGGCAUUUGUCGCAUCUCAUAUGAGCGCCAAGGCCAGCACCGACUCAUCCAAGAAGGGUCGGUUCCCGCGCUCAUCUCGAUGCUCAACAACACGGACUUUGAGACCAAGGAGGCGUGUGUCAAGACGCUCGUCAACAUUGCGUCGUUCUCUGGAGGCAACGUCUCCGAGUCGGUCAUUUCGACGGUCAUUCGCAUCGCGGCCAAGAAGGACGCGGCGUACGACCGCUUCAUCGUUGAAACCAUCUGCAACCUCUCGCUGCUCACGGGCUCGCGCAUGAAGGCGCCGGACGAUGGCAUCCUCGAUCCAAUUCCGUCGAUUACGCAGUCGUGCCACGACUCACGCGUCCAAACCAUGAUCGCGAUGGCACUGAGCAACUUCUCGGGCAUCGACACCAACCACCACUUGCUCGCGACGCCGUCGCUCCUGCUGGCCCUCGACACGCUGCUGUCGCGCGACGACGACACGAUCAUCGAGAUGGCAACGACUGCGAUCGCCAAUCUCUCGACGACCCGCGACGCCAUCGCCAUGCUGGCCGAGAGUCCGUUGCCGUUGCGGCUCAUUACUACAGGGUACAACCCGGGGCGCGCCAUCCAAGAAAACGUGUCGCUUGCGAUCGCCAACAUGGCCCUCAGCGACGAAGCGCAUCGGCUGCUGCUCAUGCGUCAUGGGCUCGUCCCGCUCCUCAUGCAGCUCUUCACGGAGAGUUCGAUUCAGACGCGCUACAAUGCGAUGGUGGCGCUGUGCACGCUCAUGCAGCACGAGUCGUCGCGCGCCGAGAUCAUCGCGCGCGACGUGAUUCACUACGUCAUUGCGCUCGGGACCACGGGCGACCACAAGCUCCGCGAGCUCUGCGCGAUCGGCCUCUUCAACUUUAGCUGCUACGAAGACUUUGCGCCUUACGCGCUCUUGCCCGACGUCCUCGACCCGAUGAUCAUGCUCUUUACGUCCUCGAAUCUACCGGUCGCCCCGAAGGAAGAGAAGGACCCGACGAUUGCGCUGAGCUUCAUCCAGGAACAGUGCCUGCACUUCUUCUACAACCUCUCGUUUAACCCGAGCAGCCGGCCCGUGCUCGUACAAGCAACGUGCGUCGCGGCGUGCGUCGCGGUCUUCCGUAAGGUCGCAAAGACGCCGGAGCUCAACACGCGCGUCGCUGCCAUGCUCGCCAACCUCUCGUUCUGUACGGACGCGCAUGCUCAGAUGCUUCAAGACGACGUGCUGAAGCUCCUUCGACGCCUCUCGGCCUCGUCGGCAGCGACCAAGGACUUGCAGCUCGCGAGUGCCGCAGCGCUUUGCAAUCUCGCGGUUCCGGGCCUCGUUCACUCGGGCCAAGCGAUUUUGAACCUGCUCAUCGACCUCUCGCACACACCGCAUGCCGACAUUGCACUUGUGUGCUCGCUGGCCUACUCCAAGUUGGCGGCCGACGCGUCAUUGCGCGAGGCGCUCACCAAGUGCGUUGAGCUGCCGCCGACAUUGGUGGUCAUGAUGCGCUCGGGCAUCGAGGAGAUCCAGAUCCACUGCGCCGCGGCGCUCUGCGGCAUGGCCUGCGAGCGCGGCGCCAAAACCAACAAGCACAUGUGGAAGGAAGGCACGGUCUCGGACUUUAUCGUCAACUCGCUCUUGCGCAUCAAUAGCGACUCGACCAAGGUCGUGUGCGCCAAAGUGCUCUUCAACGUCCUCACGCACGACGACUGCCGCCUCGCGAUGAUCAAAGACGGCGUCUUGUAUGCGCUCAUCAAGCUCGCGCGCCUCGAGAGCCUCGAGAUUCGCAUUUUGUGCGUCACGGCGCUCUACAACCUCUCUUGCGACGCGACUAUGGUGCCGUCGCUCAUGGAAGCCAACCCGGCGAAGCUCUCGGCGUGCCUCACCAAUAUGGCGCUCGCGCCCGGCAUGGAGGUUAAACUCAUGGAAGGUGGCGUCCUCAACGCGAUCCUAGCGCUCUGCGAGCAUAGCGACAGCGACUGCAUGCGCUACGGCGCGUCCGUACUCUGCUCUGUCUCGAUGUCGCCUGCGAAUUGCGACGGCCUCGCCUCGAGCGCGGCCUUAGACGUCCUCAAGCGCAUGGUGCGCUCGAAAGACCCACCGAUGGUGCUCUUCGCCACCAACGCGCUCUGCAACGUCGCCUGUGUGAGCCAUCUCCACGACAAAAUCGAGGAAGCCGAGCUCAUUGGCGCGAUGCUCCACGUCGUGGGCGAUGCCAACGAAGACGAAGGGAUCAUUCUCACGUGCGCCAAGUUUCUCUGCAACCUGACGCAACAGCCCAAGCACCGACAUGCGCUCAUGAAGCACCACUUCAUCCGCACGUUCCUUCGCGUCUUUGGGAACCGCCCGCUCUACACGAGCGUCGCGGACGUCGUCGCACGUAUUGUGUGCACGCUCUCGGAAGCGCCGUCGCUGUUGGAUGCGAUGGUGGGGGAAGGCGCGGUGCAGCUCCUGCGCAUGGCGACGAUCGACGCGAGCCCGUCGACGAUCGAAUACUGCGUCGUGUCGCUCCUUCGGCUCUCCCGUGGCGGCCAUAGCGGCACGCGCAUUCUCGACGACGGCCUCUUUGACGUUUUGUGCGCCGCGAUCCCCAUCGGCGCGAAAACGCCGGCCGCCGAGACGACGGAGCGCUGCUCAAUGAUUCUGCGCACGCUCUCGACGUACGCCAUGUGCAUUCCGCAAAUGCUCCAAGACAAGCGAUUGCACCUGCUUAUCCACGCGCUCGCGUCGCCCGGCGACAAGGAGACCACUCAAAACUGCGUCAUGCUCCUCCACAACUUGACGGCGGCCCGCGACCACUCGUUUCAGAAGACCGUGCGCGUCUCGGGCGUGAUCCCGCUCUUGAUCCGCCUCGCACGGCUCAGCGCCCACGAAGAGGUGCGGAUUUGUGCCGUCGCGCUCGCGCACAUCAACUGCGAGCUCUCGGAAGCCGACCGGAACGAGAUCGAGGCGUACGAGCCCGGACUUGUCACCACCAUGAUCUCAAUGCUCGAUAUGGACCCGCCGGCGAUGCAGCGCGCCGAGAAGGUCGCGACGACGAUGCCGCCGCUGCUGCAGUGGGCACCCAAGGAGACCGAGUGGGUCUUUCUAUCGGGCGAGAACAACAAGGUGAGUCUCUUGCCGCAGACGAUUCCGGUGGCGUGGACGCUGCGGGACGACCCUGUCGACGCUGCGACGCUCGUGCCGCACGAGCCGAGUCGCUAUCUGAGUUGCCUGCCGCCGCAGCACUGCGAAUUUACAUCCGUGCUCAAGGAUGCCUUGUUCGGGUCGUUCCAGAUUUUGCAGGUGAGCCGUCAGAAGAGCCGCCUCAAAGCACCGACGCGCCUCGCCCACAUGACGCUGGGCUCGGUCUUGCGCGCGGUCGACGGUGCUGCGCUAACGCCGGCGACCGAGAUCAAACCAAAGAUGCCGAAAGAGGAGAGUCCCCGCAAGCCUACGAUUGCCACGACCAAGAAGCCGAGCCAUCGCAGCACCAAGGCGACCAAGUCAAGCUCCCGCAACCUUGGUAGCAUGGGUCUUAGCAGCAAAAACGCCGUGGCGGAGUGCCUUCCGCCUAUUCUAUGA